AGUACACCAGAGAGAGAAGCCUCAGAAGCACUAUGGAAUUGGAGAGAUACAGUCAGUAAUGAACUAAGUAAUAGUGAAGAAAUAAUAGACAACAUAUCAGAAAAUCUUUUGCUCUUAAAAAGAAGCAGACGAAACAUUAGAACAGUGCUCAAAAAUCAAGAUUAUCAAGAAGAUCAAGAAUCUUCCCUGAAUUUUAUAUUGCAACAGCUUCAACACUUAGAAGAGGAACUUGCUAAUAUAAAGAAAGUAGGA